AUGUCAAACAAGUAUGAAGACGAAUGCAUUCAAUUCAAAGUCUUUCUUAACUGCGACGCGAUUCUUGGAGCUGAGCUUUCGGUCUUGAAGUUCACAGAGAAAGAUGAGAUCUACGUCGCUGCAGCUCAUUUUGUGCGGUCAUUCUUCAAUCGUAAAGCCUUAGCCGUGAACAGCAUUGUCCACUACUCCUCUGCUGUGAUCGGAGAGCUGAAAAGGAGGGAGAAGUGGAAGGAGAGACUCAAAAUCAUCGCAGCACCUCAGGGCACGAGUGCUGUGGACCUCGUUUACCUCAAUGAGUUCAAAGAUGCAGUUCUUGGGAUCUUGUUCGAUGGGAACGCUCCAGGCCUGAAAUGUGGAUCGAAGGCAGGUCUAAAGGAAGGUAUCGAAAACUUGAGGAAAGAAGAUGUUUUGUUUGGAGCAACCAGCAGUCUGGAUGGAAUCAAUGAGGAAAUGAAUGUGAUCGAGUCUUACAUGUGUCGAAGAGAAGUCAAAUUACCAACAAUAGGGUUAACGAAGGACAUGCUAAAGAAUGACGAUAUGAUCCGUGAAGGUGAAGGCUUCAGGUUCUUGAGAGGAACGCAAGGAGGAUAUUUUCUGAUGUUAAAGGACAAAUGUUAUGGAAGGCAAAGAUCUUUGAUGCUUUUCAAGCGAGAGGAAAACAUUUUUUUCGUGUCUGCAAUAACUUUCAUGCAAUUUGCUCUCGGCCUUUCUCCUCUUCGUAAGGAAAAAACCAUCGAAAGGGUGAUGAAUGAGGUGUUUCAAUUCCGAACUUUCACGAACGAGAGAGUUGCGACGUUCAAUCUUACGGAUUUAGAUGAUAUCUUGAAAAAGGCGAAGACCAAAUUGGAAGAUUGUAAAUUGUGUGUGGAUGCAGAUUCUCGAUGGCUGGAAAACCAUGACUCGAACAAUGUGUACGAAAAUGAAAAUAACGAUUCCGGGGUUGAGAGGAAUCAAGAAAACUUGUCCAAUGUGGUUGUCAAGGAAUACUACUUCGGUCGUCUGAAGCAAGAUGGCCUAUUGGAGUUAUCUCGUCACAGUCGCUUUGUGACUAUCGCAUGCUUUGAAAAAGAUGGAGAAUGGAGUAUAAGCAAAACAGACUUCUUCUCUUUUAUCAACAACGAGGCAAGUUUCUCUGUUGAGCUUAGAAAGGCAAUUUUGAGAGCAAUCGGUGACAAAGGAGAAGAUGGUUCAGAUGAUUCUAUAAAAGUGAAGAAUUUGCAUGCGUGCUUGAAGGAUAUUGUUCGGAAUAUAUUGAAGGAACAACCUCUCAAAAUUCGUCAAAAGCCUAGAGAGCAAAUCAGACUAUUUCGUGAGAAAGCAAGACGAUUGGAUGAACACUGGUGUAACCUUGAGCGCCAUUUUGCUUCCUCUCAGGCCAACAAUCUUGAACAAAAUCGCGAUGAGAGUGUAAUGAGUGAGGGCUGCGGCGACCAAAUUCUGAUCUGUUUGCCAUUUCGUCGCACUACGAUGAUGGUAAACCGUUUCUGGAGGGACAAAGGAAAUGACUUUGCAACGCUGCAGGAUGAAAUAUUUAAUCUGAGGUGUUCAGAUUCUUCCAAGAGCGUCAAUGGCGACAAAUGUAGUAGUAUCCAUAGUACGUUUUACGAGGAAAUUGUAUCUAGGGUCCAGGAGGCUGCAUCUGUAAUAGACCAACCUUCAAAUUUUGAAAGAAAUAUUUCCUCUGAGAAUGAGGAACUAAGAUCUACGAAUGAGAAGGGUUCAGCAUCUGAAGAUGACUCUGUUGUUUAUGAUGCUGUCCCUGGAUCAAUCGAGUCAGAUGCGAGGAAGGCGACAGACAUGGGUCCGUCAACAAAUAUAGUGACAGCUGAACACAACACAGCAGAAGAAACUGUCGAUUCUUUGGAAGAGGACUUCCCGGUGGAAGUGGAAAGGGUUUUAUUCAAAGAGGAAGAGAGACACGUCUUGUACUACUGCAAAGAAUUUUUCAAGAGGGUCACGAGAGCUGAUAACACGGAACUUCACGUUCAUCUGGAUGUUCCUGAAACUCUCAACGACACAUGUGAAGUUGUGAAAUGUGUUGAGAUUGAUGAUCAUCUCUUCGCUCUCUCUCGAUCCUUUCUUCAUGCUAUCUCUGGUCAAAUCCAGUGGGAUGAGUUGCAGCAAGAAGAACAUUUGUGCAAGAUGACAGGUCGACAUCUGAUCAAGCUGGGAAGUGAAGAAGUCGAUGUGAUUGCGAUUGACAAGCUCCAUGAGACCCUGCAAGAUCUGAUCAGUGACGGGAUUACAAACAAAAGCUUCUUUCAACGAGCCAUAUUGCUAAACGACCAUUGGAUCGGUCUGCACCUCUUACACAAAGACAUGUGCAAUCUCUCCGUUACGUUGGAAGAUGAUGCUCUUGAUCAUACCAAUUUGCAAAAUGAAGACAUUCUUGAUUGCGAUCCAGUCCCUCUUGUCUUGGCCGAUACAGGAAGUACAGAAUCAACUCUCAUCGAGGUCAAGAAUGCAAGUUCAUCAUCACAGCCAGACCACCAUGGUCGUCAGAUAGAUGCUGAUAAUGAGGCAAGGGAUGCGGAUGUUGCGAUGAGUUGUGCAGAGUCUGGACGAUGGGCAGAAAAUGUUUCGUUGUGCUACGGAACGAUCAAUGGGUUUCCUGACUGUCCAACUUCGCACAGCCAGCUCACAAUCAUCAGGAUGGGGGUGGUGAAUGGCAAGAGCGCUGCGUGCGUAGGGGAUACUUCACAGCAUGCAGAUCACAGAAAUGAGUGGCAGACCUGCUAUCUUGCUAGUCAAAGGCACGAUGACAGUGAUCUCGACCCAUCCUACGAUGAAACAACGAAUACCCCUGCAAUGAGAAGGCUCAAGCGCUGUUUCUCGAAACAUGUCAAAACGAUCAAAACGCUGCGAAAGUGCUUAAAGAAACAUUUCUUGUCGAUUCAAGACAGUAAGGUGGACAUUGUGUACAGGGAGUGGAAAGAGUUGAUGCAUCAACACAAACAUGUCCUCCAAGUCAACUACUACAGCGCGAUUCUCCUCAAACAGCUACUGCAUCUGAUGCAAGAGUUGAACAAAAUCGACAAGCUGAAAACAGUCUUCAAGAAGAAGUUGAUGAGCACAAGAGAAGAGCAGGAGCAAGCCAGAGUGAUCCUCUCCGGCCUACAGAAUGCACACAGAGUGACUAAAGAAAGGAAGAACUCCCUCCCGGAAGCCACCAAAACCUUCAAGGAAACGUUCGGCAGCUUUGAGAUCGAGUUCGAGGCCUUGGACCUUCUGCAGGACAGGAAGAAAUGGAGCAAGGCAAAGUUGUUCAUGUGCAGAGACCUCGACCUGGUAUUCAUGCUCGACAAGCGAGUGGCCCCGGCUAGACCGAGUGAAGUCCUGCUCCAGGGCAGCGAGCACAUGGACAAGGAAACGGUCGACCAGGUAGAGGGACAGGAGGCUGCCCAUGAUCCUGCAGCUGAAAACUCUAAGGCUCGUGAAGAUGGUGGAGCACAGCGACCGACUGUAUCGCGAAAGCGAAAGUUGGCAGUGGACAGUGAAGGGUCGGAAUCGGGGCAAGAAAUAGCCAAGUGGCCAGCAGGAGCACCUUCAAGUUGUAAAUUAGGACAGCAGGAGAAACAGUUCAUGAUCGACGCAGAGAUCUAUGUGAACGAGGAGGAAGAGGUCCUAUCCCCCAAGCAGGUACAGUUCAUGGAGAAAUGGUGGAGCCAACGCCACGACUAUCGCUCGAAGGACAUUGAAGUGGGGAAGCUCCUGUGUGUGCUCUUCGAGGAGCGGGAAGAUGAUCUCGAAGAGAAUGCGAAGAAGCGGAAGAAGCCGGGGCGAUACCUUCUUAAACCCCAUCGUUGGUACGUAGGCAAGGUCGUGCAAGCAGAAGAUCCCCUCUUGCCCAAGUCCAAGUUUGCGGUUUUCUUUCCCUCCGACGGGAUGACUGAGGAAUUCAAGUACAAAGGCCUUGACAACAAGAUCUUCAGCUGGGAGGACUGGAAGGUACCCAAGACCUCUCCUUAUUGGAGGGGAAAGUGCUAG